ACGGUUUCUGUCAAAAUGUCUGGAACUGAUGAUUUCUCGUUGGCAGAUGCUUUACCAGAUCAGUCACCUGCUAAAACCUCUAAAGUGAGCAGUACAAAACCUGGUCAACAGCCUGGUCAGCCGCCACAGGGUUGGCCAGCUUCGAAUCCUUGGAACAACCCAAGUGCUCCUCCUACUGGGCCAUCCGGAUUGCCACCAAACACCUCUGCUUCCAGUGUGCCAUUUGGACCUCCACCAACAGGAAUGUAUCCUUCAAUGCCCCCUGGACCGCCUGCUCCAUUUCCUCCUCCUCCUACUGGACCCUCUUGCCCUCCUCCUGGUGGUCCAUAUCCACCCCCAACUGUGCCAGGUCCUGUCCCACCAGGGCAAUAUCCUCCACCAAAUAUGCCCUUUCCAGAGCUUCCAAGACCUUAUGGUGGUCCAACAGAGCCAGCUGCACCUCCUGCUCCUGUUGGGCCAUGGGGAUCCAUGCCCUCUGGAGCAUGGGGACCAACAAUGGGAGGGCAGUAUCCUGCACCUAGCAUGCCAUAUCCACCCCCAGGGCCAUAUUCCACUCCUACCCAGACUCCAGGGGCUGCGCCAACAGUACCAUGGGGUACAGUCCCACCUGGAACAUGGGGACCUUCACCACCAGGUCCAUUUCCUCCACCCACAGGAUCAUAUCCAGCUCCAGGACUAUAUCCUACGCCCCCUAAUCCUUUUCAAGUGCCAUCUGGUCCUGCUGGUGCUCCAUCAAUGCCUGGUGGUCCCCAUCCUUACCGUUGAAUACGUUCUGGGCAACAAAGUACUGUAGCUUUCCACCUUCAUCCACUACUUAGAUUUUUACAGUUUUUGUUUCAGUAAUGUUUGGGGCUAUGAAGAACACUUGCCUCUUGUAUGUGCAUUUGAGGUAUGAAGGAGCAAUUUGCAUAAAUUUAACUUGCUCAUAUGCUGGCGUAGUUGUUUGGUUUAAUAAAGUGAAUUGUGAAGAGCAGAAAUAAACUAAAACCUGUGGUUCUUACUUUGGCAAGUAUUCCGCUUGGAAAACUGGGAAUUGCCAAGUAAGGAUUAUUUAAAAAAAAAAAAAAAAUCGGGCCCAGGGACAUACAAAUUGUUAGUUCUUAAAUUUCCAUGAAUGCUUUAAGUUUUGUUGCCAGACUUGUGCUGGUCGCUGAAUGGAUGGAUGGUCAUAUUUUGUCUAUUUUCAGGUUAUUCUAAAAUGUCAAUAAAAAGUGUAUUUCAAGAUUCUUGUCAAGAAAUGUAACUUUUUGAACAUGCUACAGUAAUUCAAACUAAAGAGACGGAGCAUGUGAACUUGAAGGUUUUCUCAGCAUUUUGUAUAUACUCAAAACAAUUGCUCAGUCUGGGACUACAGCAGAGAAGAUGCGCAUUGAAAUACUUGGUCUGACUUGUCUGCACACUGUUCGCGUUCACAAACAGGCAUUUAUGUGCAACUAAAAUACCUGGAUGUGCAGUUAACUUUGAAUCAACAAAUGUGAGUUUUAUGCAUGCAAAUGAGGACAUGAUUUUGCGAGUUUUCAUUCUGUGGUGGUUGGAAGUUUGGCUUGGUCUAUGUAAAGAGAAACUGAUUCCCACUUAAGUAAGGUACUUCCCUAUUUCUAACGUGGAUUCUAGUCAUUGAAAAUUUGACCUUGCUGCUGGGUUGUGAAAACUCAGCAGACUUUUUCAGAGUCCCUGGAAACUGAACUUGAGCUUAAAAGAUCUUUUUUUUUUUUUAAAAAAAAAAAAAAUUAAGUCUGUCAGUUCCCUUCCCCACAGCUUUUUGCAUUUAAUUCUGUCAGCUACAAGGAUCCUUUGUAUCGUUGUUAUUGCCACAGUUGAGAACGAGCCAGUCUCAUUGGGACUCCAUUGAAUACAGUGAUGUGGACAAGUCCUGUGUUCUCAGCUAGGUGUCUGCAUACCUCACUGAGUAAGUUUAAUUUGGGAGUAAUUGAAUGUGUAGAAGCCUGUGCACUGCUGUGUAGCUGUCCCUCUUCUGAAGGGGCACUGCAGUAAGUUUUCAUAUUCUUGCCAUAUCUGUGCAAAGAGCAUGUCAGGGGUUUAUUGCAAUGCUAGUUUAGCAUUAUCAAAACAUAUACCCAUGCGUCAGUGAGGAGUUUUGGAAUUCUUUGUGGUACUUCAUAGCUUAGACUUUGACCAUGGAAAGUUUAUUUUAUCCUCAGCUGAGGAUAUCCUAACUUAGUCUCUGUAGGUAGAAUUAGAAAGAAAUGUCACUUAACAUGGUAGCUCAUUAGGGAAUCUUUGUAUCAUGGAACUGUGAAAGCAAGUUAAUUCUCUUCCCAUACCUUAUCAUGGCUUCCUGCGUGCAUAUAAUGGACUACUUAAAAUGAGUGGGGUGACCUGGUGGUGAUGCUUGGCUUGGCCUUUAUGGCAAAGUCCUGCAAUGUUUUUGCAGCAGAAAGCAGUUCAACUUAGCUGUGACUGUUUUAAUCUAUUGCCAUAAAAACUAGUAGCAAAGGUAGUAGGGUUUUAGGGAGAUGAUAGCGGAGCUGAACAAAAAAUACUUAACAUCUCAGCCUAAAUCCUAGCAUCUGUGUCCUUAGAAAUCAGAACCUGAAAAACGUGUAGAAGUCUUCAUUAACCUUAAACAAGCUCCCCUCCUCCCAAACAACAGACUUGGCUUAGAUCUUGGCAAGACUGAUAAAAGUAACAAUGAUAGACCACUGACCACAUCUGCUCAAGUGCUUUUUGAUACCUGCAGCCUUAGUUGAUAAAUCAGUGUGAUGGAGAAACAUUUAUUUCAAAUGAAUGGAACACGUAGCAGCAGCACUCCAGUUUGAAAUUGCACUGGUCCUUGUCUUUGCAGGGAAAGGGAAGAGGAAGAAAAGGACAAAGUGAACAUAGCAAAUAAUGAAUUUUGGAAAGGGGAUUUGUAAAAGUAACUAGACUUCUAGGUUCUUCCUGAAAUAGGCAGGAUUUAUUACUGGAACGGUUAGGCUACAAUUCAGUAUAUAUGGGAUGUUUUUUCAAUGUAUAUUCGUAUUUCUUGCGGUCAUGAAAACUGUUUCAUAACCCCUUUGUUUUUGUGAGCAAAGUUCUUUGCAUAGCAGUGAAAAGGGUAUACCUGUUAAUCUAUUGUGUAAAAACUCAAGUUGUCACUAUAUACCGUGUAGUAACUUUAUCACAUGUUAUGUCAAGUGUGAGCAACUUCUGGCCUGAAGCUUUUGCAAUGGAAUUUGUACAUUUCUAUGCAUCAUUUGAGUUAAAUUGCUGAGAAGUUUGUUUUGACUUGUGCUUUGAGAUUGACAUACCGCAUUUGUUUACAAUAUGAAAUAUAAGCAAUCACAUCUUUAAAGUAUAGAUUAUCACCUGCUGCUGUAUUUUCUUUAGAUGAAACAAAUAUUGCUGUAUGAUAGUGAGAAGCUAUAAAUACAGGAUUUGAUAUUUUUUUGAAAAUGCUGUCACUUUUGUAUAAGAUUAGACAUUAAACGUAUUUUCAAGAC